CAGUAUCCUUCCUUGGCAGCCAUAAACUUCGACCUCCAUGCCGUUCUGUCUGGAGGGCAGCGAGGAGGACGAGUCCCGCCCGAGGCCUUGAUAGUGCUGCGGGCACAGACCCUUACACGGGAUUUCCCGGGGCCUGGCCAUGCUUUUUGCCCCCGAACAGAAGCAAUGUAGCACGAUUUUCUUUAGCUACCCGCGCCUGUUUUCCGCGCGCACUAUACCUGCCGCAAGGCCUUUCUACCACUAAUACUCUUAGACACCAAACGCCCUCGUGAGCCAUCCAAAAGUUAAAAUAGCCACGCCACCAAAAGAUAACACUAUCCACAUGAACAGAACGUCUAAGCGUUGACUGCAGCGAAGGCUAUUAACCUGUAGAUAGUCCGGUACAGACAGACAGACAGAGACACGCAUUCAAUCUUCACAGGGUGAGUAUAAAUGACACUACAGCAGCAGGUGCUAGCCAGAUCACCAUGAAGGCCUCUUUGGUGUGUAUCGUGUGCUUCUGCGCCGUCGCGGCGAUGGGGCAGCCGCUAUUCGAGAACGCCGCAUCUCUCUUCGGUCAGGCUGCUGGCAGCAUCCUCGGCAGUGCGGGUGCCGGGGCUGGCGCAUCACUUGGAUUUGAGGCUGAAUCACCGAUCGGAAAAGUCGGGCUCCACAAGGAAGCCCACGUCGGUGCCGGUGGCACCGUCGGUGCCCAGGCCCAGGGCGCAGCCGGCGCACAGGGCGCAGCCGUGCCCGUCGCACCUGCCCGCCUCGCCCGUGGCUUGAAUCCUGGGCCGCUAGUGGCAACCGCGCCUCAACGGUGGGGCUAGAGACAAUCGAGGUGUGUGAGCGCGGAGCUUUUCGGCAACCUCUGCGACCUUCCGAGAAUAAAAGCAACAGGAAACAUA